AUGAAAAGUACUUUCAGCAUGAAGGGUCGGUGCCAAGACCAGAACGAGCUUGAGUACGUAAAUCCAGAUGGCGCUGCCGACGUGUUGUACAUAUACCCCAAGGAGGAUCACAACAACGCCUUCUCACUAUGCUCCUCGGGUACAAUCGACCCCAGUGUGUGCUACCGCCUCGUGAACAUGGCUCAUCACUACUCCGUGCAUUUUGUGCGCGUGGCAUCGGUGCAAGAAGCGAUUGCCUUCGUAAAAGGGAUGCCCAGCAAUGUGAGGCUUAAGCAUGUCGUCCUCGGUGGUCAUGGCGACCCACGCUCAUUGGCGUGGGGAGGUGCGGACACUGAGAGUGACACGGUGAUGCCCGAGCUGCGGGUAGACGAACCUGUGACGCGGGAGUUGCUCGAUGCUCUCUACCCUCACCUCAUCGUUGACGGUACAGAAAGAACGCGUUCCACCGUCUUCUUGGAUGCAUGCCUGAAUGGCAAGCCGGUGGCAGACAAGAACAUGCUCCUCUUCGUCGCUCACCAGCUUGCGGGUGCCGAGGUUUUCGCUUCGAAAAUUUCCUUUGACAACAGUCAGUUUGUGCUCGACAACUACCUUCACUUCAACGCACACAUUAUGAGCCAGAAACAGGACAAGAUGGUCAGUGCCAUGUUCCACCCGGGCCUCCGCGCAUUGCAUUAUCAUCCCAACCGAGUUUGCAAGAAAAAAGAGCUGGUCAUGGCGCAAAGCAUGGAACUUUGUGCUGAGUUGUGUCAGAAGGCCGGGGAUGCCUGCGCUGCCUUCACCUACUUCCCCGAGGGCAACAAGCGAGUAACGCAGGUCUGCUUCCACAGCAAAAGAUGCGAAAGCAUGAAAAGAUCGAAAAAGGGAGCUAUGGUCUUCACCAAGGAGACUGAGCAGGAAGACGAUAGCGAUGACUCGGACGAAGAAGACUAG